GCAUAAUCAUCUCGGGAGCUAUGCCAAACGCACCCUAAAUAUACUCGCGCUCCAGCUCACCGGCUGUCCUCUCCCUUCUCUUCCCAAAUCGCCCCAGCGAAUCCAAUCGAGCCCAAGGCGAUGGACCAGCAGGGCGCGGGGGCGGACGGUGAGGUUCCGGCGGGGCUGGGGUUGACGGCGGCGGAGUACGAGCAGCUGCGGUCGACGGUGGAGGCGCACCACCGCUACGCCGUGGGGGCGGGCCAAUGCUCCUCUCUGCUGGCGCAGCGCAUCCACGCGCCGCCGGCCGCCGUCUGGGCCAUCGUACGCCGCUUCGACUGCCCGCAGGUGUACAAGCACUUCAUCCGCAGCUGCGCGCUCCGCCCGGAUCCUGAGGCCGGCGACAACCUCCGCCCCGGCCGCCUCCGCGAGGUCAGCGUCAUCUCCGGCCUCCCCGCCAGCACCAGCACCGAGCGCCUCGACCUCCUCGACGACGCCGCCAGGGUCUUCGGCUUCUCCAUCACCGGCGGCGAGCACCGCCUCCGCAACUACCGCUCCGUCACCACCGUCAACGAGCUCGCCGGCCCCGGGAUCUGCACCGUCGUGCUCGAGUCCUACGUCGUCGACGUCCCCGACGGCAACACCGAGGAUGACACCCGCCUCUUCGCCGACACGGUUAUCAGGCUCAACCUCCAGAAGCUCAAGUCCGUCGCUGAGGCCAACGCCGCAGCCGCCGCCGCCCCUCCGCCGGAGCCGGCGGAGUAGCGACGGCUGGAGUGGGAGCAACAGCAAGUUUUGGGCGUUUCUGUAAUUUCGCUUCAUGGGGACAGGGUUUCUCUGAAUUGAAUCGGAUCAUGGAUGCACUUCUGGACAAGGAGGGGUCAGCUUGAAUUUAGGUGUCAUUGCAAGGGUGCUGCUACCUGUAAUAAUCUCUCUUUCUCCUGCUGGGAUUCCUUCCAUUCUUCUUUACUUCUUCCGGAAUUUGGUUAAUUUCAGCUUUAUGUGAUUGGAAUGGUUCCUUAGGAAUUGCGGCUUCUCA